GGAGCUCUGGAACAGGAGCAGCUGCACAUCCUGUCAGAGUGAGGAAGAAUCGCAGGAAAACCGCAGCAUGUGGUGCCCAGCCACAAGUCAUCUCUAACCUUACACCCCAAUAAGCCUGCACUGCAUGCUGGGACCUGUAGUCCCAUUACAACUGGUAGAGGAGAGAGAAAACGGAUCCACGUUGCAGCAAAUGCCAGAGCUACACGUCCAAAAACCGCACAGAACACGCAUUCCUUUCGGUCCAUAUCGGGCGUCCUUCCCUCAGCUGCUGCCAUUGAUUGCCCGUGUUCUUAUCCGUCCAGACGGACUCUCACCUCUUCCCGGAGGACGCCAUGCUCAGCUCCACGACCAACGUGCUCUGGGCUUCCUCCCGUCCCACAAUGCAACGCGACUUCCCAUCAAUCUUUCGUUUCUAGAAGAGCCAUCGCCAUCCGCCUUCAUGAACCUGCUGUGGUGGUCUAGUGCAGAGCGGCUUCAACGUGUGAAGCCAGUGAAGGAGAAAUCAGGAGACCAGUCCCCAGCCAUGGAAGGGACGGUGCAGCUUCUGACCCGGGAAGGCCACAGCAUCUCCCACAACUCAAAGCGGCACUACCACGAUGCCUUUGUCUGCAUGAACCGAAUGCGCCAACGGGGGCUCCUGUGUGACAUUGUGCUGCAUGUGGGGACCAAGGAAAUUAAGGGCCACAAAGUGGUGCUGGCAUCAUGUAGCCCUUAUUUCCACGCCAUGUUUACAAAUGAGAUGAGUGAGAGUCGGCAGACCCAUGUGACUUUGCACGAUAUUGACCCUCAAGCACUGGAGCAGCUGGUUCAGUAUGCUUACACGGCAGAGAUCGUGGUCGGAGAAGGAAAUGUACAGACUCUGCUGCCAGCCGCCAGUCUCCUGCAGCUGAAUGGAGUGAGAGAUGCCUGCUGCAAGUUCCUGCUCAGCCAGCUAGACCCAUCCAACUGCCUUGGCAUCCGUAGCUUUGCGGACACGCAUUCCUGCAGCGACCUGCUCAAGUCCGCGCACAAGUAUGUCCUGCAGCACUUUGUAGAGGUGUCCAAGACUGAAGAGUUCAUGCUGCUGCCUUUAAAACAGGUGCUGGACCUCAUCUCCAGUGACAGUCUGAAUGUUCCAUCUGAGGAGGAGGUGUAUCGGGCUGUCCUGAACUGGAUCAAACAUGAUGUGGAUGGUCGAAGACAGCACGUUCCCCGGUUGAUGAAGUGUGUGCGGCUCCCCUUGCUGAGCAGGGAUUUCUUGAUGAGCAGCGUAGACACAGAGCUUCUUGUACGUCAUCAUUCGGAGUGUAAAGACCUUUUGAUUGAGGCGCUGAAGUACCACCUGAUGCCAGAACAGCGGGGGGUUCUCGGUAACAGUCGAACCAGACCAAGACGCUGCGAGGGAGCCAGCACCGUCCUCUUUGCAGUAGGUGGUGGCAGUCUCUUUGCUAUACAUGGUGACUGUGAAGCGUAUGAUACCCGCACUGACCGCUGGCACAUGGUAGCCUCAAUGUCUACAAGACGAGCCCGAGUGGGAGUAGCAGCUAUCGGAAAUAAACUUUAUGCAGUGGGUGGGUAUGAUGGAACGUCCGAUCUUGCCACAGUAGAGUCAUAUGACCCUGUGACAAACACUUGGCUGUCUGAGGUUUCCAUGGGAACCCGACGUAGUUGUCUUGGUGUGGCGGUACUUCAUGGACUGUUGUAUGCUGCAGGUGGAUAUGAUGGCGCUUCUUGCUUAAACAGUGCAGAGCGUUAUGACCCCCUCACAGGCACAUGGACAUCUAUCGCUGCUAUGAGCACUAGACGUAGAUAUGUCAGAGUGGCAACACUAGAUGGUAACCUUUAUGCAGUCGGGGGAUAUGACAGUUCUUCUCACUUGGCCACGGUGGAAAAAUAUGAGCCUCAGAUAAACACAUGGACUCCAAUUGCCAACAUGUUAAGCCGCCGUAGCAGCGCUGGUGUGGCCGUGCUAGAGGGAAUGUUAUAUGUCGCCGGGGGAAAUGAUGGCACAAGCUGCCUAAAUUCUGUGGAGAGAUAUAACCCAAAAGCUAACACAUGGGAGAGCGUGGCCCCAAUGAACAUUAGGAGGAGCACUCAUGAUCUGGUGGCAAUGGAUGGGUGGCUUUAUGCAGUAGGAGGCAAUGAUGGAAGCUCAAGCCUGAACUCCAUUGAGAAGUACAACCCACGUACCAACAAGUGGGUAGCAGCAUCCUGUAUGUUCACCCGAAGGAGCAGCGUAGGAGUAGCAGUUUUAGAACUUCUCAAUUUUCCUCCUCCAUCGUCCCCUACUCUCUCUGUCUCCUCAACCAGCCUCUGACAAAGAAUCAGGUCCUUCACAUCAAGGAGAAGCCCCCACUGUAUGUUGUAAAUGAAAUUGAUCCUUUGGAGAAAAAUACUACAUUAUCACUUCUGAGGGGCUUCUUCCUGGGACAUGCCAUUUGUCCAUGUAACCUCUUCACUGCUGGAAAGGCGUGCAUCCCAUUGCAAAGAUACCUCUUUGCCAUUUAAAAACAUGACUUUCUCUAAGACCAAUCUGAUAUCAGGGUUAACUUAAAGGAUUUCCCUGAAAGUGGUCUGGAAAUUGCAUCUCAUUACUCCGUAGCAGAAGACAUCAGGGAAGACGGUGAUCUUUGCUCUCCUCUUUGCUCUGUGCAGGUCCCUCAAGCAGGAAAGGAGCAUUACAAUGAAAAACCGAAGUCUUCUGCCUUUGAAGCAAUCAAUGACUCCAGGACCAUCUGUCAUGAAAUGUCCCUCUUAAUAUACAAAUAGCCAAAGGAUCGUUUAGUGCAGUUGGGAUAUGAAUAUU